AUGAUUCUGACGACCACCGAGAAGGUCGCCGGCAAGAAGAUCGUGCGCACCUUGGGACUGGCCCGCGGCCUGUCGAUCCGUGGCCGCCACGCCGGCAAAGAUAUCGUCGCCAUCUUGCGCGGCGUUGUCGGCGGCGAAAUCCACGAGUACACCAAGAUGAUGGCCGAAUGCCGGGAAGAGGCCCUCGAUCGGAUGAUCGAGGAAGCCGAAGAGCUCGGCGCCAACGCCGUCGUCGCGGUACGUUUCGCCACCGCCGAGGCUAUGCGCAGCGCCGCCGAGUUGAUGGCCUACGGCACCGCUGUAGUAAUCGAAGACGAAGCGGCUACUGACGACUAA